GAGGAAAUGCCUACUGCCAUGGGAACCCCUGCCCUGCUGUGGAUAGCUCUGCUGCUCUUCUCUCCAGAUGGCAUAUCAGCAGCCAUCUGGAGAUCUAAGGUAUCCUUGAAUCCCCCAUGGAACAGAAUAUUUAGAGGAGAGAAUGUGACUCUUACAUGUAGAGGGAACAAUUCUCAUGAAGAUGACUCCAUUUUGUGGACCCACAACAAAAACUCUUUGGAAGCAAAAACUUCACGUUGGGACAUCAUAAAUGCAAGCAUCCAGGACAGUGGGGACUAUAGAUGCCAAAGCAAAGGAUUUAUCAUGAGUGAACCUGUGUACCUAGAUGUCAUCAGUGACUGGCUGCUCCUUCAGGCCUCUGCUGAGAUAGUGUUGGAGGGCGAGCCCCUCUUCCUCAGGUGCCACGGCUGGAGGAAUCUGAAUGUCUACAAGGUGACUUACUUCAAGAAUGACAAAGCCCUUAAGUACUGGUAUGAGAACCACAACAUCUCCAUUACCAACGUCACAGCAGGGGACAGGGGCACCUAUUACUGCAUGGGCAUAAUUCAGCAGAUACUCCAUACUUCUAAUCGCCUCAGCAUUAAAAUAAAAAAAGCUUCCCGAAGCAAAUAUUUCUGGCUACAAUUUCUUAUCCCAUUGUUGGUGAAGAUUCUGUUUGUUGUGGACACAGCGUUGUUUAUCUCGACCCAGCAGCAGUUCACAUUUCUCUUGAAGAUUAAGAGAACCAGGAAAGGCAACAAAUUUAUGGACCCACAGCCCAGACCAGAACCCCCAAAGAACUGA